AUGCCGCAUAAGUACGGGAUCACCACUAGACGUCUCGGAAACGCAAGAAACAAACUGCGUCUUUCGGUUGCCAAUGUUGCCGCCUCCGCUACACCAGAGUUUCUGGGAAAAACCCCAGCAGAAUUCCCUUCUAAAGAUCCGGACUAUCAACCGAGUCCUUUUCCAUCUGAAAUUCCCAGGAUUCCAGAUACAGAGAUAGAUCCUAUUCCACCAGAAAUCACUACUAUCCCUGGCCCAGAUUACCCCGUUCCGCCCUCACCUUCACCACAUACGCCUCCUGAUAAUCCUUUACCUCCGCCAGGCACGCCCCGACCACCACCACCGGAUAAACUUCCACCUGACCCACCUCCGGAUAUCAUCCCACCGCCUUUUACUCCGCCGAAUAUUGAUCCGCCACCGACUAUGCCACCGGAUAUUCUGCCACCUGGGGGAACCUUCGGUCCAGCUGUUUUAUAG